CGCCAUUUUCUUCAUUCCCACUCUCUCAAAACAAACAGCCACACGGCUUCACAAUCGUCCCGUGCUUCGGGGACAUCCUUCUUCUCUCUCUUCUUUUCAAUCUUCUUCCCUACUCUGUUUUUCAAUUUCCGCCAUUGGGUUUCUCUUCCUGCUUCAAAAUCAAAACUUGAUGAAUUACUUCCUCUGAAAGGCAAGAGAAGAGGAAGAUAAGAUAAAAAAGUUCUCUCCUUUUAUUCUUUUUCUUUUCUGGGGAAGAAAUGGAGCAGAAAGGCUUGUUGAUCUCAGCGUUAAGUGUUGGUGUGGGAGUUGGGGUGGGCAUUGGGUUGGCUUCUGGGCAAAACGUAAGCAAAUGGGGAGCUAAUACUUGUUCCUCAAACGCCCUUACUGUGGAAAAGAUAGAGCAAGAAAUGCUUCGAUUAGUUGUUGAUGGCAGAGAAACCAAAGUCACCUUUAAUCAGUUUCCUUAUUAUCUCAGUGAGCAGACUCGCGUGUUGCUGACAAGUGCUGCUUAUGUCCAUUUAAAACAUGCUGAGGUCUCCAAAUUUACACGUAAUCUUUCUCCAGCAAGCCGGACGAUUCUACUCUCUGGACCAGCAGAACUUUACCAACAGGUGCUUGCCAAAGCUUUAGCUCAUUACUUUGAAGCAAAGUUGCUUCUGUUGGAUUUAACCGACUUUUCAUUGAAGAUUCAAAGUAGAUAUGGUUCUGGCAAUAAAGAAUCCGCUUUUAAGAGGUCCACUUCAGAGUCAACUUUGGAGAGACUAUCUGGCUUACUUGGGUCAUUUUCAAUCUUUCCACAGAAGGAGGAACCUAAAGGAAAAAUCAUUAGACAAAGCAGUGGCAUGGACCUCAGAUCAAUGGGAACUGAUGGAUCUUGCAAUCCUCCUCGCAUUCGUCGGAAUGCUUCUGCCUCUGCAAAUAUCAGUAGCCUUGCCAUGCAGAAUGCUCCUUCUAAUCCAGGUCCUCUUAGGCGCACAACCAGUUGGUCUUUUGAUGAAAAACUUCUUAUACAAUCUCUUUACAAGGUCCUUAGUUAUGUGUCAAAAACUUAUCCCAUAGUGCUGUAUCUGCGGGAUGUUGAUAAGUUGAUAAAUAGAUCACAAAGGACUUAUAAAUUGUUACAAAAAAUGUUGGAGAAACUCUCUGGACCAGUUCUGAUUCUCGGUUCUCGAGUUCUGGAUCCUGGUAAUGACUACGGUGAGGUAGAUGAGAAACUUACUUCAGUCUUUCCCUACAACAUCGAAAUUAGACCUCCAGGUGAUGAAUCACAUCUUGUCAGCUGGAAGACUCAACUGGAAGAAGACAUGAAAAAGAUCCAGGUUCAGGAUAACAAAAACCAUAUUUUGGAAGUACUUGCAGCAAAUGAUCUUGAUUGUGACGAUCUAGAUUCCAUCUGUGUGGCAGACACAAUGGUUCUUAGUAACUACAUAGAAGAGAUUGUCGUGUCAGCAAUUUCUUAUCAUUUAAUGAAAAACAAAGACCCAGAGUACAGAAAUGGCAAACUUGUUCUUUCAUGCAACAGUUUAUCUCAAGCAUUGAGUAUAUUCCAAGAGGGAAAGUCAUAUGGAAGAGACACGUUAAAAUUGGAAGCUCAAGAUGUGAAGUCUGAGAAGGAAAAAGGGGAAGCUGCUGCUGUGAAGCCUGAAGCGAAGUCUGAAAAUGCAGCUCCAGAAAAGAAAACUGUAGGAGCAACAACAGCUUCAGUGGCAAAGGCCGAGAAUGCAACUUCAGUUCCUCAAGAACCCAAAGUUGCUGAACCUCCUCCAGAUAAUGAAUUUGAGAAACGAAUAAGGCCAGAGGUAAUAGCAGCAAAUGAGAUUAAUGUGACAUUUGAUGAUAUUGGUUCCUUAGAAGAGACCAAAGAAUCCCUUCAAGAACUAGUGAUGCUUCCACUACGGAGGCCUGACCUUUUCACCGGAGGCCUUCUGAAGCCUUGUAGAGGAAUAUUGCUGUUUGGUCCACCUGGCACAGGAAAGACAAUGCUGGCUAAGGCCAUUGCAAGGGAGGCUGGAGCAAGCUUCAUCAAUGUAUCCAUGUCUACCAUAACUUCCAAAUGGUUUGGUGAAGACGAAAAGAAUGUUCGAGCUUUGUUCACAUUGGCAGCUAAGGUCUCCCCAACUAUUAUAUUUGUUGAUGAGGUCGAUAGCAUGCUUGGCCAACGCACAAGAGUUGGAGAGCAUGAAGCCAUGAGGAAAAUAAAGAAUGAAUUCAUGACUCACUGGGAUGGCCUUAUGACAAAACCAGAUCAGCGCAUCCUUGUUCUUGCUGCAACAAAUAGGCCCUUUGAUCUAGAUGAAGCCAUUAUUAGGAGAUUUGAAAGAAGAAUUAUGGUAGGGCUUCCAUCAGCAGAGAACAGGGAGAAGAUUUUGAGAACUCUAUUGGCAAAAGAAAAGGUAGAUGAUGAAGUUGACUUCAAGGAAUUAGCAACUAUGACAGAAGGAUAUACUGGAAGUGAUUUGAAGAACCUUUGCACAACCGCUGCUUACCGGCCUGUCAGAGAGUUAAUUCAGAAAGAGAGACUGAAGACUCUGAAGAAGAAGCAGAAAGCUGCAUAUAAAGAUGUACAAGGUAGACAAGGGGAAGAAUCAACAGUAGAAAAUGCCCCAGAUGCUGGGAAUGCACAAGAGGAAGUUGAACAGGAAAGAGUUAUUGUCCUUCGGCCAUUGAACAUGGAGGACUUCAGAGAGGCGAAAAAUCAGGUUGCGGCAAGCUUUGCAUCUGAGGGAGCUGGAAUGAAUGAGUUGAAGCAGUGGAAUGACUUGUAUGGUGAAGGUGGUUCGAGGAAGAAACAGCAAUUGACUUACUUCCUGUGAGAUUUGAAUGAAAGGAAGAAUCCACAACUAAAUCCUUCUGGCAGGACCAUAAGUCUCCCUGUCCCAAAUGAGAUGAUAUUGAGGAGAUCGCUUUCCACUGAGCAAACAUCCUUCAAGCAAUAAGUUAAAGUUGAUGAGUUUUGUCAGUGUAGUACACUAGCACAAGAACAGCUACGUUUAGUGUUGUCCAUGGCCCAUGGAUAAGGAAAGAAACAUAUAGUCCAUAGUUUAAGUAAUUAUAAAUAUAUAGAGCCAGUCUUAUAGAUUAGUUUGUAUUAUCUAUACAAUGGUGUGAUCAGCUUUCUGUAUGUUACUAAAAUUUAGAGGGGCAUUGUUUGUCAGCAUGAUGUUUGAUUAUUUUAUCAAACUUCCUUUCUUAUAAUGGAAAAGGAAAAAAAGUCGAUGAUUCAA